AAGAGAGCGGGUGAAAGAGCGAGAGUGCGCGAGAGAGAGAGAGAGAGAGAGAGAGAGAAACAGCAGUGAUGAUCGAUGCCAGUCUGCCACCACUCUGUAGCAGCGAGAGGCUGCAACAAAAGCGUAGCAUACAGGCUCUGCUGCGCUCAUCUCCGCUCGCCCUGCAUCUCUCCGUACACAACGCAGCCCAGACUCGAGGAGCUGCCGCUGCCUCUCAUCAACAAGUUACCACUAAAAGGACCCUCAGCGAUGGAGAAACGAGAGAGAGAGAGGAGUACUCGCGCUUCAAUUAAGCAACUGAGCUGACAUUGCGGUGGAAAGGAAAAGGAAGGGGGGAAAAAGGGGGGGCACACACUGUUCUCGAGGGUCGCUUUGGAUACAAAUCAAUUCGGGGGGAAAAAAAACUAAAAAAAAAAAAACUAAAUAAAAAAUUACGGAUUCCUGGAAGCAACAAGGAUGAGGGACCGGUCCUAAUUUGGGAAGUAGAUCGAGAAGGAGGGAAGAGAGGAGAGGAGGAGAAAAAAAUAUAUAAAAAAAAAACAAGGGAAUUAAGGACCAAAUGAAUGAAUAAAUGGAGGGACGGAUUCGUGGCGCAACAUGGAUCUUGUGAAUUUGUUUCGGAUGAGGCGGCUUGGCGUCGCUUUAGUUGACGAGACCUCGGCUCAAAAGGCUUUCUUCCCUCUGGAUUUCCCCUCCGUCUGGCUGUUCCGGGGAUCUUCAGAGAAAGACAGUUGAAUGCCACCGUCGAUGUUCACAAAAGAAUGGGUUUCCAUUCAAGGUGGCCAUUAGUGGGACGAGCACCAGCGGCACUUUGUGUGAUCAGCAUGCUCCUGUGCCUGCCUCUCACAUCGUGCACAGCCUGCCCUCAGAAAUGCCGCUGCGAGGACCUGCAGUUUUACUGCGACACGCAGGGACUCUUGGCGCCCCCAGACGGCGUCGACAGAGGAGCCCUGGGACUCUCGCUCCGGCACAACAGCAUCAACGAGCUGAGACCGGACCAGUUCUUCGGCUUCACCCAGCUAACGUGGCUUCACUUGGACCAUAACCAAAUACUCACCGUGCAUGAGGAUGCCUUCCAGGGGCUCUACAAGCUCAAGGACUUGAACUUGAGCUCGAACCGCAUCACCAAGCUGCCCAACACAACCUUUAUCCACCUCAUCAACCUGCAAAUCCUGGAUCUAUCCUUCAACCAGAUGACCGCUCUGGAGCCCGAGCUCUUUCACGGGCUUCGCAAGCUCCAGAUCCUUCACCUGAGGUCUAACUUCCUGAGGACCACGCCUGUCAGAGCUUUCUGGGACUGUCGGAGUCUGGAGUACCUCGGUUUAAACAACAACCGGCUUCGGAGCCUGGCUCGGAACGGGUUCGCCGGGUUGAUAAAGCUACGGGAACUCCAUUUGGAACACAACCAUUUGACCAAGAUCAACCUGGCCCACUUCCCGCGUCUCGUCGCUCUUCAGUUCCUCUAUUUGCAGUGGAACAAGAUUAACAAUUUGACCUGUACCAUGGAGUGGGAGUGGACCACUCUGGAAAAACUGGAUUUAACCGGGAAUGAGAUUCGCACGCUAACCCCUGAGGUGUUUGAAACUUUACCGAACCUUCAGGUUUUACUGCUGGAUAACAACAAGUUGACCAGCCUAGAUAUUCAAACCACGGAUAUGUGGAAGUCUCUGAACAUCAUCGGGUUGUCGAGCAACCUUUGGGAAUGUACAAAAAAGAUUUGCAACUUGGCCGGUUGGCUUAGUAAGUUUAAGGGCCGAUGGGAGCAUUCGAUCCUCUGCCACAGCCCCGAGUUCACGCAGGGCGAGGAAAUACUAGACGCGGUUCACGGAUUCCAGCUCUGUCAGAACAUCUCGGCACCCGUCGUACUGAGCAGCACCACGAUUGAGGCCACGUUACCCCAACAGUUCACGAGCUCGUUUUUUGGAAAUAUGCAGACGCCGACACAGGACUUCUACCCGGACGAUUUCGGGAGCUUUACCGUCGUCACGACUACCACCUCCACCCCUCAAACUCCGCAAACCACCACGGCUAGCACCACCGCCGACGCAGAAGACAUGACCGAGGACUACGGGAUGAUGGACAACACCCAGUUGACACAGAGUGUCAUUAUAGGUACUAUGGCCCUUUUGUUUUGCUUCGUUCUCAUCGUUUUUGUAGUGUACAUCUCUCGGAAGUGCUGCCCUCCUACGCUACGCCGGAUCCGCCACUGCUCGGCCAUUCAAAACCGCCGACAGAUGAGGACCCAGCAGAGGCAGCCGAUGGCGGACCUGGCUACACAGGUGCCCUAUAACGAGUACGAGCCGACGCACGAGGAAGGUGCGCUAGUGAUCAUGAAUGGCUACGGGCAGUGCAAGUGUCAGCAACUGCCUUACAAAGAAUGUGAAGUAUAAACAGUUUAUUUAUUUUAGCGUAUGGGUUUCGCCAUUUUUCAACCGUUUUUUUUUUCCGAAAAGAUACAGGGUUCUUCUUGAGAACUUUUCCGGUGUGGAAAUAAUGCGCAUUUUCCCGUUGUUUUUUUUUUUUGGGAAGGGGGGGGAACAAAAAGAAAAAAGGAUGGAAUUGAAACAAGCUGUAUAAAGAAGCUCGAGUUUAUUUUUAUAGUAUGAAAGCAAAGAGCAUAUCAAGCUGGGGCAAUCAAUCUCAGACGGUUGUACGUGAGAUUCGUCAUUGCGUUAUUAGUCAAUUAUCCAGCAGCACAGAAAAGACGAGAGAGAAACAAAAAGCCAAAAUCAUCUGGAACUACUAGGUCCAGGAAAAAAAAAAAAAAAGAAGGGAGUUACUAUAUAGGAAAAUGAAACUGCAUUCUUAUUCUGACCGACGAUUCCAUUUUAUAACGUGGUAACGUAGUCCUGUGCAAUACGGUGCACGGAAACACAAACUGGGCAAGAGAAUGAAAAAUAGAGAUUUUUAUGGUGCACGUUAGACUCCACUAUAGAUCUCCACUUAACACAAAACACACAAACACAAAAAAACACAAAAAAAACCACAAAAAAAAAAAAAAAGGUCCAAAAGACUGGUUUAUGGUUUUGGUUCAAACAGCAUUUUUACUUGUCUUUUUUCUGUUUGUUUUUUCUUUCAAGGAAAAGCACUGUAAAAUUGUACAUCACAUUUAGCUCACAACGCCAGAAUUCGACACCUCGAACGUCAAAAAUAAAUGUCACGUUUGUUUGACCUAACCAAGAGUUCAUUUCAUCCGACCACACCGGUUUACUACCUUCGUGCUUUUUUUUUUUUUUACCCCCCCGGCUUGACAUCCCUCCUUAACAUGUCCAAAAUGUGAAAAGCUUAGCACUGUGUGAAAAGGCUAAUGUCUGAAACGUUACCUUUGCCAACUGUCUGGUUCGCUCCGUCUACUGUGACAUCAGCAGAGAUGAAAUAAAUGUUACUGACAUUUCCUCA